AGCAGUCUGCAUGACAAACGGAAGUGACGUUCUCACAACGUUAUAUCCCAGCAUUCCUUUUUCCUCCUCCCUCUUUCCCCCUCAGCAACAAUGUCCAAGAGAGGACGUGGUGGGUCAUCUGGAGCGAAGUUCCGCAUCUCACUGGGUCUCCCAGUGGGUGCAGUCAUCAACUGUGCUGACAACACAGGAGCCAAGAACCUGUACAUCAUCUCCGUCAAGGGCAUCAAGGGUCGCCUGAACAGGCUGCCCGCUGCAGGUGUGGGUGACAUGGUGAUGGCCACAGUGAAGAAAGGCAAGCCAGAACUCAGGAAGAAGGUGCAUCCUGCGGUGGUCAUUCGGCAACGGAAGUCGUAUCGACGAAAAGAUGGCGUGUUCCUAUACUUUGAAGACAAUGCGGGGGUCAUAGUGAACGUUAAAGGGGAGAUGAAAGGUUCUGCCAUCACUGGCCCUGUUGCCAAGGAAUGCGCCGAUCUGUGGCCCAGGAUUGCCUCCAACGCUGGCAGCAUUGCCUGAUGUUGACCCUGGCAGGUUUAUUUUCAAUAAAAACGCUCAGAAAGUC